UUCCAGCCAAUCCGAGGAGGCCAUGGUACCACGAGCGGAUAUCCGGUUGCUCUGUGUUCGUCCGGCAGCCGGCGCGUGAAUCCGGAUUUGAAAGGUAAAAGUGACUACGGUGAGUAGAGGAAUAACGGGAGGAGUUGCGUCACGCUGUAACGUUCCGUUCGUGAGCGCGUCCCCGCACAAUCAUGUACGCCGUGUACCGACAAGCGCACCCGCCCACCGGCCUGGAGUUCUCCAUGUACUGCAACUUCUUCUCCAACUCCGAGCGGAACCUGGUGGUGGCGGGAACCUCGCAGCUCUACGUGUAUCGCCUCAACCCGAGCUCCGAGAGCUCGAGCAAAGGGGAGAAAGGCUCAGAGGUGAAGGGUCACAAGGAGAAGCUGGAGCUCAUGGCCUCCUUCUCCUUCUUCGGUAACAUCAUGUCUAUGGCCAGUGUGGAGCUGUCUGGAGCCAAGAGAGACGCUUUGUUACUGAGCUUCAAGGAGGCCAAGCUCUCAGUUGUGGAGUACGACCCCGGGACCCACGAUCUGAAGACUCUGUCCUUACAUUACUUUGAGGAGCCAGAACUGCGGGACGGCUUUGUGCAGAACGUUCACAUCCCCAAAGUGCGUGUGGACCCCGGUGGGCGCUGCGCCGUGAUGCUGAUCUAUGGCACCCAGCUGGUAGUUCUGCCCUUUCGACGGGAUACCCUGGCAGAGGAGCAUGAGGGACUGGUGGGAGAAGGGCAGAAGUCCAGUUUCUUGCCCAGUUAUAUCAUCGACGUGAGGGAACUGGAUGAGAAGCUGCUGAAUAUCAUUGAUAUGCAAUUCCUCCAUGGCUACUAUGAGCCCACCCUCCUCAUCCUGUUUGAGCCCAACCAGACCUGGCCUGGCCGAGUUGCCGUGCGACAGGACACCUGCAGCAUUGUAGCGAUUUCUCUGAACAUUAUGCAGAAAGUGCACCCCGUUAUUUGGUCCCUCACCAGCCUCCCCUAUGACUGCACCCAGGCACUGGCUGUACCCAAACCCAUUGGUGGGGUGGUGAUAUUUGCUGUGAACUCCCUUCUGUACCUGAAUCAGAGUGUCCCCCCAUACGGUGUGUCGCUGAACAGCCUGACCAAUGGAACCACUUCCUUCCCUCUCAAGCCGCAGGAGGGGUUGCGCGUCACGCUCGAUUGCUCCCAGGCCACGUUCAUCUCCUAUGACAAGAUGGUGAUUUCCCUGAAUGGAGGAGAGAUUUAUGUUCUGACUCUCAUCACAGACGGGAUGCGCAGUGUCCGAUCAUUUCACUUUGACAAGGCGGCCGCCAGUGUCCUCACCACUUCUAUGACCCCAAUGGAGCCCGGCUAUUUGUUUCUGGGCUCACGACUGGGCAACUCUCUCCUCCUGCGCUACACAGAGAAGCUUCAGGAUUCACUCGCUGGGCCCAGUAAAGAUCCAGACAAACAGGAUGAGCCCCCUAACAAGAAGAAGCGAGUAGAUUCCUCUUUGGCCCACCCUGGCAGUAAAGGGAACAUGGUGGAUGAGAUUGACGAGAUUGAGGUGUACGGCAGUGAGAUGCAGUCUGGGACACAGCUCUCCACCUAUUCCUUUGAGGUGUGUGACAGCAUCCUGAAUAUCGGGCCCUGUGCUAUGGCCUCAAUGGGUGAACCAGCCUUCUUGUCUGAAGAGUUCCAGGAGAGCCCAGAGCCAGACUUGGAAAUCGUAUUGUGUUCUGGAUACGGGAAGAACGGUGCCCUGUCUGUUCUGCAGAAAAGUAUCCGCCCUCAGGUGGUGACGACCUUUGAACUCCCUGGAUGCCACGACAUGUGGACAGUGAUCUCCAGUCAUAAGAAAGAAGAGCAGGAAGGGGAGAAAGAAGGAGAAACACCAUCUGUGGAGGCAGAAGAGGACACCAACCGUCAUGGCUUCCUUAUCCUGAGCCGAGAUGAUUCUACCAUGAUUCUGCAGACGGGGCAGGAAAUUAUGGAACUGGACACCAGUGGAUUUGCCACUCAGGACCCCACGGUGUACGCUGGGAACAUUGGAGACAAUAAAUACAUCGUACAGGUGUCCCCCCGGGGAAUCCGCCUGCUGGAAGGAGUGACCAACCUGCACUUUAUCCCGGUGGAUCUGGGCUCCCCCAUAGUGCACUGCGCCGUGGCUGAUCCCUACGUGGUGAUUCUCAGCGCUGAAGGACAAGUCUCCAUGUUUGUGCUGAAGAGUGCGGAUCCUUACGGGAAAACUCACCGUCUCGUCCCACAGAAGCCCACCCUCCAUUAUCAAUCCAAAGUCAUCGCUCUGUGUGUGUAUCGGGACGUGAGUGGGAUGUUCACUACGGAGACCAGAUCCGCCCACUAUAAGGACGACCCCACGGGCCACAAUAUGGCGGAGGGGGAGGGACUUAUCCAGGAAAUGAGUCACUCGGUGGAUGAUGAGGAUGAAAUGUUAUAUGGGGAUUCCGGCCUCCUAUCCAGCCCCAAGAAGGAGGAAUCACAGAAGAGUAACCCGUCUACAACAGAGAGAGACUCCUCCCAGUACAGAUUGGAACCUUCUCACUGGACUGUGCUGGUGAGAGAGAAUGGGACUAUGGAGAUUUACCAACUCCCAGACUGGCGGCUGGUUUUCCUGGUGAAGAAUUUCCCGGUGGGACAGCGGGUGCUGGUGGACAGUUCGUUUGGGCAGCCGAGUGCCACGGGGGAGGGGCGCAAGGAGGAGGUCACGCGGCAGGGGGAGUUGCCUUUGGUGAAAGAAGUUCUUCUUGUUGGACUGGGGAACAGGCACAGCCGCCCCUACUUGCUGGUGCUGGUGGACUGUGAGCUGCUCAUAUACGAGGCGUUUGCUCAUGAAUCACAAGGGAAUCUCAAGGUUCGCUUUAAAAAGGUCCCUCACAAUAUCAAUUUCCGAGAGAAGAAACCCCGACAGUCUAAGAAGAAAUGUGAGGGUUCCAGCGAGGAGGUUCCAUCCAGGGGCCGGGUGGCCAGGUUCCGUUAUUUCCAGGAUAUUUUCGGCUACUCAGGGGUGUUUAUUUGUGGCCCUUCCCCUCACUGGCUCCUGGUUACCUCCCGGGGGGCACUGCGCUUGCACCCCAUGACUAUUGAUGGUUUCAUUGAGUCCUUCGCCCCCUUCCACAAUGUCAACUGCCCCAAAGGCUUCUUGUACUUCAAUCGACAGGGGGAGCUGAGGAUCUGUGUGCUUCCGGCUAAUCUUUCCUAUGACGCCCCGUGGCCAGUGAGGAAGAUCCCACUUCGAUGCACCGCUCAUUAUGUCUCGUACCACGUGGAGUCCAAGGUGUACGCAGUGGCCACGAGUGUGCAUGAUGUUUGUACGCGGGUCCCACGGAUGACUGGAGAGGAGAAAGAGUUUGAAACAUUAGAGAGAGACGAGCGCUACAUGUCACCUGUGCAGGAAGCAUUCUCAAUUCAGCUGAUUUCCCCACUGAGAUGGGAAACGAUCCCAAACGUCAGGAUAGACCUGGAGGAGUGGGAACACGUGACCUGCAUGAAAACUGUCAACCUGAAAAGUGAGGAGACCGUGUCUGGCCUGAAGGGGUACAUUUCCGUGGGGACGUGCCUGAUGCAGGGGGAGGAGGUGACCUGUAGGGGAAGGAUUCUCAUUAUGGACAUCAUUGAAGUGGUUCCGGAGCCGGGGCAGCCGCUGACCAAGAACAAGUUCAAGGUUCUGUAUGAAAAGGAGCAGAAGGGACCGGUCACAGCCCUGUGUCACUGCAAUGGCUACUUGGUCACUGCAAUAGGCCAGAAGAUCUUCCUAUGGAGUCUGAAGGACAAUGAUCUGACGGGCAUGGCCUUCAUAGACACCCAGUUGUACAUCCACCAGAUGAUCAGUGUGAAGAACUUCAUCCUGGCAGCGGAUCUAAUGAAGAGCAUCUCGUUAUUGCAGUACCAGGAGGAGAGCAAGACUCUGUCCCUCGUUAGCAGGGACGUGAAGCCACUGGAAGUUUACAGUGUGGAGUUUCUUGUGGAUAAUAAUCAGCUUGGCUUUCUGGUUUCAGAUCGGGACAGAAACAUUAUCUUGUACAUGUACCUCCCUGCAGCUAAGGAGAGUUUUGGGGGGCAGCGGCUCCUGCGUCGAGCAGACUUUCACGCCGGCUCCAACAUCAACACCUUCUGGAGGACCCCGUGCCACGGAGCCAGUGAGGGGCCGAGCCGCAAAACAGUCAUGUGGGACAAUAAGCAGAUCACAUGGUUUGCCACGCUGGAUGGAGGGGUGGGGCUUCUGCUGCCAAUGCAAGAAAAGACUUACCGGCGCCUCCUAAUGUUACAGAAUGCUCUAACUGUCUUACCCCACCAUGCCGGACUCAACCCACGAGCAUUCAGGAUGUUGCACUCGGGCCGGCGCAUGUUGCAGAACCCAGUGAGGAAUGUUCUGGAUGGAGAGCUGCUCAAUCGCUACUUGUAUCUGAGCAACAUGGAGCGCAGUGACCUGGCCAAGAAGAUUGGGACCACCACAGAUAUUAUCCUGGAUGAUUUAUUGGAGAUCGAUCGGGUGACGUCGCUCUUUUGAACCUCCCCCGUGUCUCCCCUGAGCCCCUCCUCUGAACAUCUUUGACUCCUGCCGUCAUGUCUUUCUGUACAGUUUGUUUUUUUUUAUGAUGAAUAUGAAUCUUUAGAAACAAGUCUAAUUCUCUUAUUGUCUAACACGCCCAGUUCAGAGGGGCUUCACCCUGCUCACAACGCCAUUCAGUGGAGCAGAUACACAUGGAACUGGGUAUGGGGGUACCCGGCUCAUAUUGUAAAACAGUAAUAGAUUGAACUUCCCUUUCUCAUUUCUGGUUCUUCCUCCUGCACAGAUCCCCCCCGAGCUUGUACUGGGGGCCUAGUGGCCGGCACAGUUAUUUCUAUAGCCCACCAUUCUCUAAAGGGCCCCAAAUACUUUUGUGUAUGACUUGAAGCUGCUCAAAUUCUGAAAAUGGGUGAAUCGAACUCCUCCUAAUGUCCCAUAUACCCCCGUAUAACUCCUCCUAUUGCUCCAUAUAACCCUCCCUAUAACGCCUCCUACUACUCCAUAUAACCCUCCCUAUAACUCCUCCUAUUGCUCCAUAUAACCCUCCCUAUAACGCCUCCUACUACUCCAUAUAACCCUCCCUAUAACUCCUCCUAUUGCUCCAUAUAACCAUCCCUAUAACUCCUAUGUGUGUUUCUGCUAGGGGGGCCAGGAUGGCCUCAAGCCCAGGGGAGGGUGGAGCUGCACUGGGUGAUGUUAGUAGCCCAGUCCCAGGCCUGAAGCAGUUGGAAGGCCCUGACCCAAAGCCUGCUGUUAGUAAUACCUUUAAAGAAGGCUUAAUAAGGAAACAGCUGGUUUCUUUGGAAGAAAAACGGAGUGCAGCAGUGCAGGAAAGUAAAGAUGCCACAUUUAAAAUCUAUGAACAUUUCCUGAGGCAGAAAUUGCUGCUGGGAUUGGAACAACAGAAAAUAAAGCACAAAUGAAGCCGAGAAAGAAAAGAUCCAGUGUCAGAUUAACCAUUUGGAUGCUGAACUCCUCUCUCUAAAGGAAGAAAUGGCAGAAGAAAGUGCAGCAAUUGAAAGACUGACAUGGGAAGUGCAAUGCGAGGAGAUCAAGCUGCACCAGUUAAAUAAACACAAGCCAUUAAAGGUGAAGUGUCCAAUCCAGUCUCCCAAGGAGAAGAAAGGUGAUUAGUAAAAUAUCUGAUAAACUGUCACAUUCCCUCCACCCUGGCAUCUGUUAGCAAACCUGUUGUGCCCAUAUCUGGUAUGAGUGAUGAGAAUUUCAAAGCUUUACAUGUCGAAAAAGAUUCUGUAUCCCAGAAUCCUCAGCUGGAGCCAGUAAAUCAAGCAUGUCUGCUGCUGAAUCUAAACUGCUGAAUUUGAGAUCCAGAAGUAUUACUUGUGUUAUGGAAAGUUUAAUUAAUAAAAAGCAAGAAAACUGCCAAAAUGCAUGAGAAAGAACUUUGUAACAUUGUAACCAAUCAGGAGACAUUUGUCUCAGCUGUGCCUGCACCAAACACUGCUGGGGGGAGUAGUCAGAGUACAGUCCCUGCGAAACCUGGAGCUGGCAGUCAGCAGUCUGGAAUGGAAGGUGCUGAGAGCGCAAAACCCAGAACUGGCAGCUUGAAAACUUGAAUGAGAAGCACUUGUAAAGCACAGAACUGACAGGACUGGAAUGGGAAACACAAAGAAAGCAGCAAAACAUGGAGCUGGCAGUUAGCAAAGCACUAGGGGUAAUGCUGAUAUUCCGACACAAGUAAAUCUUGGAUGUGAUACCCCACAAGCUGCAGUGAGAAAUAAAACUGUGUACAGAGAG